AUUCACACAUGGCGGAUCCUCCGCGAAGAUCCGCAAUUUUCACGAUCUCUCUGCCAUUAACAAAAGGUUUGAUAGAUAUAUUUCUCGCGUCUUGUCCAGUUUGAAAUCCAAUUUCUCGAUUUCUUGAUCUUCGUUUAUGCCGUCAAACAUAGACAACAAAAAAGACGUUCAAAGUGCAACACGCCACAAGUCUUUAAUUUCUCUAAGAAUAAACUCUAUGAUUGUGAUGAUUGGUGAUGAUCCUGAUUUGGGUUUUGUUUAUCUUCAGAUAGUUUCUCUGUUGGUGGAAUCAGGAGUUGAUAUUAAUCUCCGGAACUACCCUGGACAGUGGCCUGUAAUUCUGCUUCCUUUAACUUGGUUUGGUCAGAGCAGCUGGAUCGGCCAUCCUUUUGAAUAUGAUGGCAAGGAAUUUGAUUUGGUGGUUAGAUUCUGCAAGGAUGUGGAAACAAGAGGGCAGACGGGAUAUGUUGAUAUCGGACGGUUUGACCCGUUAAGCUACUUUGUUUCUAGUUCUGGAAAUUUCGAUUUCGUUCAAACCAGUAUUAUCCUCGGAACAUGGAUUCAUCUGUUAGUAUAUACAUAUAGGGGUUUUACCAUGGCGACCUGUCAAAUUGUGAACAGAGUUAUGACAAACUUGGACGUACAUCACAGUGUUCUUCACGAAGUGAUCAACAGAGCAGCAGAUGGAUUAAUCACACCUCUUCAUGUGGCGGCUUUGAACGGACACAUAGAGACGGUGCAGUUACUCUUGGAUUUGGGAACUCAGCAUAGGGUAACGGUGACACUGACACUGACACGCUUGAUGCUGAAACAAGAAGAAUGGGACGAGCUAGAUGCUAAAAUCAUCACAACUCUCACUAGAGCAUCCUAGUUUUUAUUUCAAGCUGCAGGACUCCAAGAAUUUGACCACAAAAGGAUAAUUUGGAAAAGUGGCUUACUGAUGAAAAAGCCAGGGAUUAGCUAGUCAUUCGUUCUGACUGUCAUACUAGAUUCUCUGUUGAUCGUCUGUAUUAUUGGGUUGCUGCUUAGUUGGUGUUUGGCCCUUGUUGCAUGUCUGCCAUUGCUCAGGUUUGUUUCGUUUCUUCAGUUUACCCAAAGAAAGCCUUAUGUUACUG